UUAUAAAACAGAAGGAUUCUGAGAGAGAGUAAAGCAUACAGAAGUUCGAUCAGUCCGCGUUACUAUUAUUUUGCGUUUGUCGCGUGUUGGGAUUGUUUGGAAAAUGUUUUAGAAGAUGCUUUUUAGAAGAUAAUAUUUUACACAAGAAAAAAUUUAUUUGUUUGGAAAAUGUUUGCCGCACUUUUUGUUUUUGCGCUUUUUGUGACUGCGCAAUUGCAAGCAACGGAAAUACCUUCCUACAUUCACCCAUGUAGCCGUAAAGAUCCGAACUAUGAUCAAUGCAUCGUGGACAAUCUCAUCAGUACAAGAGAAAAAGUUUGCACAGGGAUGCCAGAAUUUAACAUUCCACCGAUUGAGCCAUUACUUGUAAAGAAAAUGGUUAUUUAUGAUACAGAUAGUCUUAAAUUACAUCUUAAAGAUACAAAAAUAUACGGAUUUUGUGAUUUUGCCGUAAACUUUGUUCACACAAAUUCUGACAGGCUUCAUAUCGAUUUUGAACUCUUACUCAAAGCUCUUCGCUUAGAAUCUGUGUAUGAGUUUGACAUACGCAUUUUGGUACCACUUGCUAAUAAGGGAUUGGUUACUAUUUCAACAGAUAACGUAGCAUUGAGAAUAAAUAUUGACGCAAAAGUAGCAACCAAAAACGGUAAAAAAGAGAUAUAUGCUUCAAAAAUAAAUUCAAAUCUUAAUAUCACAGAUUUUGAAUAUAAGUUUGACGAAACCGAAAAGAAUUUAGUUGAACUGCAUCAAGCUAUUAGUAAUGUCGUAGACGGCAAUAAACAAGAUAUUCUUGUUAGUGUUAAACCAGCAAUAGAAAAAAGGAUUUCCGAAACAAUAAUCUUGCUUUUCAACAAUAUAAACCGAUUUAAUUAUGAGAAAUUAUUUUCUGAACAUGUUUAAAUUUUCAUUAAAAUUUAUUUUUACAUGAUCGCUUCUAGAUCCUAUUAAACUAAAUAACAACUAAAAUUAAUUUGUUACAAUAUUUCGGGAAUUGGUGAUAUAGAAUUUAUUGUAACUAAAUAAUGGUAGAUAUUAAUAUUUAUUGAUUAACAAUAGUGCAAUAAGGUAAUAUUUUAAA